CCGCAUCCCGCUUCCCGCCCUGCCCGCUCCCGGCUCGCAGACCCCCGGCCUUCUGCAGCCGCUCGCCCUCCCGCGUCCGCACUAACCAUCCCGCUCCCGAGGCCUGAGCGCCGCUUGGCAGUCCUCGGGUGCCUCGAGCUUCCUCCGUGCGCCUUGAUGACCCUAAGAGACCGAUGGCUUCCUUUAGAAAGGCUCAGGGACGCGGGGGAGUAGGGUUGAAAAGUACCGGCCACAGACCCUGGCCGAUCUCAUUUCUCAUCAGGACAUUCUGAGUACCAUUCAGAAGUUCAUCAGUGAAGACCGUCUGCCGCACCUGCUUCUCUAUGGCCCUCCGGGGACAGGAAAGACAUCCACCAUCCUGGCCUGUGCCAAGCAGCUGUACAAAGAUAAAGAGUUCGGCUCCAUGGUCUUGGAGCUGAAUGCUUCCGAUGACCGAGGAAUAGAUAUCGUUCGGGGGCCCAUCCUCAGCUUUGCCAGCACAAGGACCAUCUUCAAGAAAGGGUUUAAGCUUGUGAUCCUGGAUGAAGCUGAUGCCAUGACUCAAGAUGCCCAGAAUGCCUUGAGACGAGUGAUUGAGAAGUUCACAGAAAACACCAGGUUUUGCCUCAUCUGUAACUAUCUGUCCAAGAUCAUCCCUGCCUUGCAGUCAAGGUGCACAAGGUUCCGAUUUGGCCCUCUGACGCCAGAGCUCAUGGUUCCUCGCCUGGAGCAUGUAGUGGAAGAGGAGAAUGUUGACGUAAGUGAAGACGGAAUGAAAGCCCUCGUCACUCUGUCCAGUGGGGAUAUGCGAAGGGCUUUGAACAUUCUGCAGAGUACCAAUAUGGCCUUUGGGAAGGUGACAGAAGAGACUGUCUACACCUGCACCGGGCAUCCCCUCAAGACAGACAUUGCCAACAUUCUGGACUGGAUGCUGAAUCAAGACUUCACCACCGCCUACAGAAACAUCAUGGAGCUGAAGACUCUCAAGGGCUUGGCUCUGCAUGACAUCCUGACCGAGGUUCACUUGUUUGUGCACAGAGUUGACUUUCCAUCUUCGGUUCGGAUACAUUUAUUGACCAAGAUGGCAGACAUCGAGUACAGACUGUCCGUGGGCACCAAUGAGAAGAUACAGCUGAGCUCCCUCAUCGCUGCAUUUCAAGUCACCAGAGACCUGAUUGUCUCAGAGGCCUAGAUGCUCCAUGUCCUGCUGGCCCGACCUCAGGCCCAUCGGUGACAGGACAGAGGACUUGCUUACCUGUGAAGUAUUGCCCUGGACCACUGGACAAAAGCGCUCACAGAAGUCUCCCCAGGCAUUGGGGCAAUGAUCUCUGUGGCUGUUUGAGUGAAGACCUACAGAGCAACAUUAAUCUCUAGCAGUCCACACUGCUUGUCUUUGGUAGGGGAAAAUAAGUCUCUGGGUGGGGGUAUGUCUUUGAAGUCAGUUGCCGGGAUGACAACAUUUGUCUUAUCUGUUAGGUCUGCAGUUAAUGUUCAAAUUGAACACACUUCAGAUGUCUUCCAACUCAAGGUCUGCAUCUCUGAAUUUAAACGUUCUCACUUUUGUA